UCGGACCGGCCGCGGGGCGGGGCAGCCGGGCCCGUCUGCCUCGGGUGCCCCUGCCGGCCCGCCCUCCGGCCGCGUCCCCGCCGGCCCUGCCGACGUGGCGGGGCGGGACCCGCCGGGCGCUCCCGCGCACACUCGGCCGCCUGAGCGAUAUUACAAUGUCUGAUGAUGCUGGUGACACCUUAGAUACUGGAGACAAAGCAGAAAUUACUGAGAAUCCCAGUAGUGAUGCUUUACCCAAAGAUGCAGAAGUGCACUGUGAUUCAACUACCGUUUCAAAUGAGCCAACACUGGCUGACUGCGAAGGAGAUGUGCAUGAAGAUGCACCCAUCCAGAAUGCAGAGACUGCUACCACGGAGGACCCUGAGCAGCCCAAACACACCAUGGAGCCCCCUGUCAAUGGAGAAGUGACUGAGGAUGUGCUUGCCGAGUGUGUUGACUCCGUCAGCCUCGAGGCAGAGGCUGGAUCUGAAAUACCCCUGAAAGAACAGAAUAAUCUGGCUGUGGAUUCCCCUCCACAUGGAGGAGGUUGGGCAGGCUGGGGCUCCUGGGGCAAAUCUCUGCUCUCAUCAGCAUCAGCCACAGUAGGUCAUGGAUUGACAGCAGUCAAAGAAAAAGCAGGAGCCACACUACGGAUUCAUGGUGUGAAUUCCGGCUCCUCUGAAGGGGCCCAACCUGAUACCGAAAAUGGAGACCCUCAAAUAGCUGAUGUGCCCACAGAUCAGAGCCCCACAGAAAGCCCACCCACUUCUGCCUCGACAGGCUCCCGGGGCAUGCUGUCAGCCAUCACCAACGUGGUGCAAAACACAGGUAAAAGUGUCCUAACUGGAGGCCUUGAUGCUUUGGAAUUCAUCGGCAAAAAAACCAUGAAUGUCCUUGCAGAAAGUGACCCAGGUUUUAAGCGGACCAAGACACUCAUGGAGAGAACUGUUUCCUUAUCUCAGAUGUUAAGGGAAGCCAAGGAGAGAGAGAAGCAGAGACUGGCGCAGCAGCUCCCGGCCGAGAGGACUGCACACUACGGGAUGCUGUUUGAUGAGUAUCAAGGCUUGUCACACCUGGAAGCGCUGGAAAUUCUGUCCAAUGAAAGUGAAAGUAAGGUUCAGUCAUUUUUAGCAUCACUUAAUGGAGAGAAGCUGGAACUCAUAAAAAACGACCUAAUUUCCAUAAAAGAUGUCUUUGCAGCUAAAGAAUUAGAGAAUGAAGAGAGUCCAGAAGAACCAGGCACCGUGUUAGAUUCUCUGGAUUCAGGAAUGAGUAAAACAAAUAUACCAUCUGUGUCCCUAGGGAGCUUCCAAUCUGAGAGGAAGACAAGCUUAGAAGAGAAGGGAGAAGAAUUUGCUAGCAUGCUUACAGAGCUUCUCUUUGAAUUACAUGUUGCAGCCACACCUGACAAACUCAAUAAGGCUAUGAAAAAAGCUCAUGACUGGGUGGAAGAAGAUCAGACUGUGGUGUCAGUAGAUGUGGCCGAAGAGUCAGAGGAGAAAACUAAAAAGGAAGAAGAGGAAGAGAAACCCGAUAACCCCAAAGAAGACACAAAGGAAGAAAGGAGAACUAAGGCGGUUGAGCAAGUAUACAUGCUGUCCAUUGAAAGUCUGGCAGAAGUAACAGCACGCUGUAUCGAGCAGCUUCAUAAAGUAGCAGAAUUAAUUCUUCAUGGACAAGAAGAAGAAAAACCAGCUCAGGACCAAGCAAAAGUUCUGAUAAAAUUAACUACUGCAAUGUGCAAGGAAGUGGCCUCCUUAUCAAAGAAGUUUAUGAAUUCUUUAACCACUGUUGGGAGCAACAAGAAGGCUGAAGUCCUUAACCCUAUGAUCAAUAGUGUAUUGUUAGAGGGUUGCAAUAGCACAACAUACAUUCAGGAUGCCUUCCAGCUGCUGCUGCCCAUUCUGCAAGUGUCACACAUCCAGACCAGCUGUUCAAAAGCAGAGCCGUGACCUGGCCAGACUCCAUCUAGUUAAAAGGAACAGCAGGCCACAUUGCUUUGAUAAAUAUCAUUUAAGGGGAUGCUUUCUAUGCAUCUGGCCACAGAUGCCUAUUUAAGAACACUACAUGCAGUUUUGCACAGACAGUACUGAGAAUGCAGGUUGAAAGAGAGUAUCAUUUCUCUUAAUGUAUAUGGUUGUUUUUACAAAUAAUUGUGUUUUCUUUAGGUUAAUUUAAAGUUUCCCAGCUUUGUAUUGAUCAUUUCCUUUAAUCUGAAAUUCAUUCACAAAUUUUCAUUUCCAUUUUCCAGGCCAAGCAUGCUGUAGUUAGAAAUUCAUGGGCAGAUCCUAGACUUUUCUGUAAUCCCUUAAAUCCCCCAUUCUUAUAGUACUACGUCAAAUCAGUUUUUGAUUUAUAAUGAAUGAAGUUUUGUUUCAUAAAUAUCAUGGAAAAAGAUAACAUUCUUGUUGAUAUUGCCUAUUAUGAUAAAAGAGGAACAUAAGUAUCUCUUUAUAGCCAUUCAUUCUCAAAAUAAGCAUUUAUUGAGUUUCUACUGUGUGCUCACAAGAGAGGAACAUGAUCUCACCCCAUUAGAGACAAAUAUUCUGAAAAAGAAUUUAUAAUAAUUCUUAAAAUGCUUACAAAUACUAAUAAAUUUUCUAACUCUUAAAAAAUUUGAAGAGCAAGAUAAAUUCUUGCUUUUUAAUGUCCUGCCCUUCAGUUUAUUGUAUUUUUCCACCCUCCUUGAACUUUCCUAUCUCAAACUUUAUAUAUGAGGUGAAAAUAUAUAUGAAAAGGGAUACUAAAGAGGAUUUGGUUUAAAAUUGUGUUCUUAUAGCCCUAAGUAUAUGAUAGCAAAAAUUACAAAGCUUAGAAGCAUUCUAAUAGAAAAUUAAAGGGGUUUCAACACAGUAGACCCCUCUGUCUGUAUUUUUUAGUCUUCUGCAGUUGAAUCAAGCUGGUCCCUGAAUACACAGAUCACACUCACCUGUGACAAAUACUAUCAUUGCCUCUAAGGGCAGGAAUCACUGACGUGUAGGUUGGCUCACUGGUAUAUUGAUCCCUGAGAGGCCGCCAGACCCUGCAGCCAGAGACCCACUGUCAACGGGCAGUUCUCCUGAGCUCCACGAGUUCAUUCCAGGUGGGCAUUCUAUCUAAUGCUCCUAGUUCAGAGCCCACUGAUAUCCUUACAGACACUGUCACAAGAUGUCAAUUACCCAGUGGCUUUCUCCAGGGCAAAUGAAGCCUGUACUUCUGCAAAGUGAAAAUCCCUCAUUCACACAUUUGCUUUUAUUCCCCUAAUAGAAUAGAAUGCCUUUGUUCCGAACAGGCAAAAUAGGGAUAUGUCAGUACCAUCCCAUGUCUUAUUAGCAUUUCAUUUGCCUAUGGCCUGUGUUUCAUUUGUGUAUCUCCUAAAACAGCCAAAUAGAAAACAAAAGAACAAUUUAUUUACAAUCUGGAAAAAAAUUCUCUGAAGAAUCAAUUAAAGGUGUUUUUUUUUCUACUUGCUUUUUGAUUGCCUGAAAUAUUUCUAUUAAAUCUAGAGAAUGAUGGAUGAAAAUGUUGCCUUUACCUCUUCAGAAAUUUUAGAUUUUUUUAUGUGUAGAGCAGAGGAAAGGACUUAGACUUACAGUUUCUUCACAUCAGACUUUUUAGCACCAGACUUAUAGAUGUUAAGGGCAAAUGGAAAAGAAACAAAUAGUUUCAAGGGAGCUAGAAUUAAACUAUGCCCAACUGCAACCAUUCAGUACAUAGCAAAAGGUUCUUUUGUUUUUUUUUAAUUGAAGUAUGAUUGAUAUAGAAUCUUGUAUUGGUUUCAAAUGUACAACAUAGUGGUUCAACAGUUACCCAUACUUAUAAAUCCUCACCCCCUCUAGUGUGGUUCUAUCAACAUAGAAAGAUGUUACGGAAUCAAUGACUAUAUUCUCCCUGCUGUACUGCUGUCCCUGUGACCAACUGAUACUGUGAUUGUACAUUAUAGUGAUAGCAAGAGUUUUAAUCAUAAAAUGAAAUAGAAAUCUGUAAAAGAAUACAAGAGAUAAUUAUUCUUUACAAAGUAGCUGACUUAUUUACAUUGUAUUUACAUACCUUUUAAUAAAUGUCAAAGGUUGCCAGUUGGAAACAGGCUGAAAGAUAGUUCCUGGGGCCUAGCUCCCUGUUCUGUGAAUUACAUUAUUUAAGAUAGAAUAAUCACUUAAAAUAUAUCCACCCCCCCAUAACCCCUCCAGGAUUGCUCUCUUUCAAUGCUGUUUUUCACCAUCACAUUAAAAUGAUGCUUUGCUUUACUUUAAAACCUGGCAAAACAUGGGAUCCAGAUCUGGACAAGUGUCAAUCAGUUACUGAAUGAAUGAUUUAGCAGGCUUACUUUGGAAAUUUGAUGUUCAUUUAAUAAUCCUUUACAUAAAUUGGGUUCAUUUCACUCUAUGCAAUUACCCUGAACAAGUGUGCCAGGUUUUUUUCUUACAUCAAGUGCAAAAUAAGUUCUAGCCUAAAUAAUGAAUGUAGUCCUCGGCCUGUGUCUUAUUAAACAGAAAGCAUCAAAAGCAUAUUUCAAAGUCAAAGCAAAUGCAUCCAAGAAAAAUUGCUUUGGGGUAUUGAUACAUAUGACUCUAAAGGGCAAAAUUGAGUCCCAAAUCUUAAAGCAGAGGCCUAAGCUUCUGUGCUACUGAGAAUGGAAGGCUCUCUUUUCUCUGGGUCUCUCACUGAGCUGCACAUCAAGCUCAUGAUUAAAUGAGUGGGGUGACUGGCUGAGGCAGUGGCAGGAGUGAGCUGGGACAUGCAGCAGCCUCAGCAACACCAGCUAAGGAACCAUGCGCCUCAGCUGCAGAGCCCACAGGAAUAAAAGAAGCCCCGCCUUGGACAGGCUAAAGGAAAGGGUAAAUGUAAGGUGGAGGUCUGACUCUAGAGACAAGAGUUUUUCCUUUGCUUUGUAGAAAUCAGCUGCCCUGAGGUGCUUGAAUAUCUGGGAAGUCACCUACCUUCUCCACAGGCUGGCCAUGCUGAGAUUAAGUUAGAAACAAAAGCAGGCAGAUUCCAAAUACAGCCAUCCCAGGGAUCUAGGAUAUAACCUCAUAGGGAAGUAAUUUAGCAAAAAUGUGAAAUGACAUUUCUUUUCCAUCCUAAAAAAAAAAAAGUGUGUGUGUAUACAUAUACAUGCACUGAACAUAUGGGGUGGAUCAUAAUACAGGAUUUCAAUCCAGACUCAAUUUUAUGAGAGCAAGUAUUUCUCAAGGUCAAACUAAUUUUUGUAGUGCAAAAAUUACCCUUCAGUCUCCCUCUUAAGCAUGCCCUAUAUUCUGAUACUCACAUUCAGGUUCAACUUGGUUUCUUAAAUUACUGUGUUCGGAAUGGCACAUCAGAAGAGAUAUUGAAAAUCCAUCUUGGAACUGUAAUUUUGCCUUGGUGUUGUAGUUGAUUAGCAUUCAAAAAGCCCUAGGAGCGAAUUCAGACCAGCCAGUCUUUACAUAAAAGAAAAAAUCAUGUGGUUAGCCAUUUGUUUUAUUUUUCUAGCUCUCAUAACUUAUUUAGUUUUGUGUUCAUUUUCUAUAUGUUCACCUAUAAGAGAUGCUUCAUUACAAUAUCUGCUAUUAAACAAACCUGAGGAAAGA